CCGAGGGGGCGGAGAGUGAGCUCAGCUUGGAGCAGGUCACAGCAGUCAGAACUGGUGAGGAGGUCGAGCAGAGAAGCCCCUGCAGCAGGAAAGCCUCUUGCUUCCUUGUCUCAAGCCCCUUCGGAUACAUUUUGGGACCAGGCACUGAGGCAGAAGACAGAAAGAGCUGGGGCCUUAUCUGCUGGCCAGAGGCACUAACCUUGGGCACACAUAGGAUCUCAGAGCUCUGGGACCAGUCCUGCAGCUGACAGCCCAGCAGCCUGUCCCUGACGCUUUUGCCAGGUGAUGGAAAACGUGAGUCUUGCCCUGGGCAGAGCUCUUUGGGUCUUCCUCCUGGCCAUGCUAGGCUCCACCACAAGCCAGCCGCUGGGGGGAGAAUCUGUCUGUACGGCCCGGCCUCUGGCUAGAUACAGCAUCACUUUCAUUGGCAAGUGGAGCCAGACAGCAUUUCCCAAGCAGUAUCCUCUGUUCCGGCCCCCUGCACAGUGGUCCUCUCUGCUGGGGGCAGCUCACAGCUCUGACUACAGCAUGUGGCGGAAGAAUGAGUAUGUCAGCAACGGGCUGAGGGACUUUGCUGAGCGUGGUGAGGCCUGGGCACUGAUGAAGGAGAUCGAAGCUGCAGGAGAGAAGCUCCAGAGUGUGCACGCGGUGUUCUCAGCUCCUGCUGUCCCCAGCGGUACCGGGCAGACUUCCACAGAGUUAGAGGUGCACCCUAGGCACUCGCUGGUGUCCUUCGUGGUACGCAUUGUCCCCAGCCCCGACUGGUUUGUGGGCAUCGACAGCCUGGACCUGUGCGAGGGAGGCCGCUGGAAGGAGCAGGUGGUCCUGGAUCUUUACCCACACGACGCAGGGACCGACAGUGGUUUCACCUUCUCCUCCCCUAACUUUGCAACCAUCCCACAAGACACAGUGACUGAGAUAACAGCUUCAUCGCCCAGCCACCCAGCAAACUCAUUCUACUACCCACGCCUCAAGUCCUUGCCUCCCAUUGCCAAAGUGACCUUCGUGCGGCUACGGCAGAGUCCCAGGGCCUUUGCCCCACCUUCCCUGGACUUGGCCAGCAGAGGCAAUGAAAUCAUUGACAGCCUCUCAGUUCCAGAGACACCGCUGGACUGUGAGGUUUCCCUGUGGUCGUCCUGGGGACUGUGUGGAGGACCAUGUGGAAAGUUGGGAGCCAAGAGCAGAACUCGUUAUGUCCGUGUUCAGCCUGCUAACAAUGGGGCUCCCUGUCCCGAGCUUGAAGAAGAGGCCGAGUGUGCCCCAGAUAACUGCGUCUAAACCCAGACUCCAGUAGCAAGAAGCCCUUAGGAUCCCUUAAGGCUGGGACUCAGAUCUGGGCCACAAGGUGUUUCCAGGAGGCCCGUGCAGGCAGGGAUGGAGAGCAUGGGCAGUUUUGCACCAUUUCCCACCAAUCCUGGGCUGACAGAAGGUCUUGACACAGAGACCCUCAGUGGCAGGUGAGACACAGACUGCCUCUCCCACUGUGUGACUCCUGAGGCUCGCGGGUUUGAUCUACAUGAAUUCCCUCGUAAUUUAUUACUGUGGUGGGAGGGAGGUGGCCUUUGAUGCAGAGAGCAGGCGUGCCAGGGACAGCUGAGAGGAUGCUCUAAGCCUGUGAACUCCACAACCACACCGCUGUCAGAUACCUCAGACCUGCUGCCACCGCUCGUGCUCCUGGAGGCCAAGGGAGUCAACCUUCACACCACUCUUGUGCCCACAUGGGGGUGACCACAGGAGGAACAAACGAAGAGGGGCAGUUUUGGAAACUUGGCCCUUGUGUGUCGUUGAUCCCUUUGCAUUUGAAUAAAGGCCAUGUUCCUGAAAAA